CGCGUUGGCCUGGGCCGCCGUCACGUGGGCGCCCGCGGGCGUCGCUGCGCCUGCGCGGCUCCUCCCCCUUCUCCUCCGUCGUCCGCCGGCGAGUCGCGCUGCCGUUUCUUCUCCGUCGUUGCCGCGGACGGUGACCUUCGGUUCCGGCCUUUGGGGACGGGGGAACAUCUCUCCUCGUCCGUUUGAGCCACCGCCUUCGUGGGCCCCAAAUCCUCCCACUCCAUUCCUGCUGUUUGAAUCCCACAGGGCCUGAGCCAUGGUGCUGGGCGUUCAGCAAGUUGUGGGGUACCUGGCCCUGUGGGCCCUCUGCGCUCAGGGCAAACCCACCGAGAAGAAGGAGCGUGUCCACCACGAUGCUCAGCUGAGCGACAAGGUCCACGACGACGGCCAGAACUUUGACUACGACCAUGAUGCGUUCCUGGGGGCGGACGAGGCCAAGACCUUUGACCAGCUGACUCCCGAGGAGAGCAAGGAGCGAUUGGGAAAAAUUGUAAGUAAAAUCGAUGCCGACAAAGACGGCCUAGUCACGGUGGAGGAGCUGAAGGCCUGGAUUAAGUUUGCCCAAAAGCGCUGGAUUUACGAGGACGUGGAGCGCCAGUGGAAGGGCCACGACCUCAACGGGGACGGCCUGGUUUCGUGGGAGGAGUAUAAAAACGCCACCUACAGUUACGUCUUAGAUGAUCCGGACCCCGACGACGGCUUCAAUUACAAACAGAUGAUGGUGCGGGACGAGCGGCGGUUCAAAAUGGCUGACAAAGACGGAGACUUGAUUGCCACCAAGGAGGAGUUCACGGCGUUCUUGCACCCGGAGGAAUACGACUACAUGAAGGACAUUGUCGUGCAGGAAACCAUGGAGGACAUCGACAAGAACGGAGACGGCUUCAUUAAUUUGGAAGAAUACAUAGGGGACAUGUACAGCCACGACGGGGACACGGAGGAGCCCGAGUGGGUGAAGACGGAGCGGGAGCAAUUUGUGGAGUUCCGGGACAAAAACCACGACGGGAAGAUGGACAAGGAGGAGACCAAAGACUGGAUCCUCCCCUCCGAUUACGACCACGCCGAGGCCGAAGCGCGGCACCUGGUGUACGAGUCGGACAAGGACAAGGACGGCAAGCUGACCAGAGAAGAAGUUGUGGACAAGUACGACCUCUUUGUGGGCAGCCAGGCCACGGACUUUGGAGAAGCCUUAGUACGGCAUGACGAAUUCUAAGCCACGAAUCCUCUUUUUUUUUUUUUUUUAAGGAAGAAAGGUCAGGGUGGGGGGGGGGGAAGUACGGUUUUUACUGUUUCGGGAUUAACACACACACACAAAAAAACGCUCUCUACUAUCAAGACUCCCUUUCAGCCGAGAAUGGGGAGGGGGGAGAGGAGAACACCCCCCACCCCCCAAUUGGUCCCAUCCUCAUUUUUUUUUUCCUCCCCCCCCCCACUUCACUCCCUCCGAGGCGGGAGGUCCGUAUUGCGAGACGUCGCCUUCGGUUGAAACCCCAAGGUUUUGCUUUUUUUCAUUUUUGCUUUUUUUUAAAUAGAGUUGCGUGUUCUUUUGAGUCUAACAAAUUCAAGUUUAUUUUUUUUAUUUUUUUUAUUUUUUUUUUUGUUCCGUGUGAAAUGAAGAACGCGUUAGGCCUAUCGGGGAAGGAUGACCGCCCUGUCCCCUCCGUUUUUAUUUUUAUUUUUUUUAACAUCGGUGUGUUCAGCCACCAAAGUCCGAACGCCGGAGAACAAGACGCGGCUGAGGGGGUCAAACGCGGGGUGGGAUUUGCCCUCAAGGACCCCUCCCCUGUUCUUCCACCUUUUACGCUACUCGAAGAGGCCGACCAGACAAUUUUGCCAACCCCGUUUUAGCUUCUCUGCUCCGGCCUUGAAGGCAGCACAAAUCUUGAUUUAAAUCUCCCUCCGGCAUCUCCUCUCAAUUUUGGCAUCCAAACAUCCUCCGGAACGACGCCCCUGUGCCUCGGUUUCUCCAGCAUCUCUCGGUUGCGUCAUUUUGAGGAUCUUUCCGGCACGAGCCGCACGCAUGGCGAUGUUGCAAGCUGCGUUGUACCUGGGACACUGGUGUCAUAUGCAAGGCUGGUGAACUCUGCUUGUUUUCCACUCCGGGAUUAAAACGGCUACUCGGCAGAUGUUGGAAGAGGCAAGGCUGAACCGGGUCUGUCCCAGGUUGAAGUAGCCAACCUAGACUUUGCUAGACCACCAUUCGGUAAUGUAGAGUAGGGGGUUGAACCCCCCCAGUUGCUCUUUAGGCUCAGAAGGAGAAAGGGGGCGGCUGUCAGCUUUAAGGACCCCUGGAUAUUCUGCAUUUUUGAAGUGCCUUUUUCAUGACAAGCAGCUGGCCCAAUGCAGGGGGACAGACCCCGAGUCGAAUACAGGGUGGGAUCUGUCCUCAAAGAUCCCCCCUUAUUAAAAGCAGUUGGCCCAAUGCAGGGGGGCAGACCCCGAGUCGAAUAUAGGGUGGGAUCUGCCCUCAAAGACCCCCGCCCUUUUUCAUUAAAAAAAGUUGGCCCAACACAAGGGGGGGGGAGACUCCGAGCCGAAACGUGCUCCUGAAGGGAAUGCAGAGAAGCACACUCCUAAAUUAACAUAUCCCCUCUCUUCCUGCAUCUUUUACACACACACACACACACACACACACACACACACAAAAUAUUUGAGCAGA